UCAUUUCUUCUUGCGCGGACCGUCUUCUUCCUCAACCUCGGCAUUUCCGCCAUCAAACUGGUCGCUUAGCUCGGCGGCCAUUACCCCGCCCUACCUCCUCCUUAUUUUUGCCCUUCCAUACCCACGAAGAAUUCCAAGGGAGAAAGAAGAGCGCUUCCGCUGUCGAUCGUGUCAUGAUGUCAUCCUUCUCUGCCUUGAAUAUCCUCCCGUCUUACAUAAUUGCCUGCAAAACCCGCCGCCUCUCUUCACCCUUGCACGCCCCUUCUUCCGGCCGCCUUUUGCGCUCCUCCCGCGCCGACCCUCCUUCCUCUCUACUCCAUAAGCACCGGCCGCCCUAUUCGAGUCGUCUCCGCCAACGUUGUCAGCAAGGAGAAGCAGAUCGGAUCCCCUUUACCCGUAGAGAUCCGUUUUUGCUCCGACAUGUGAUAACAUCCGAGGAAGCGCUGGAUUUGUACGAAGACAUGUUGCUGGGACGCUCUUUUGAGGACAUGUGCGCUCAAAUGUACUACAGAGGCAAGAUGUUUGGUUUCGUUCACCUCUACAAUGGCCAGGAAGCGGUCUCCACGGGCUUCAUUCGGCUCCUCACCGAUCGCGACACCGUCGUUAGCACCUACCGCGAUCACGUCCACGCGCUCAGUAAGGGCGUUCCAGCCCGUGCCGUAAUGGCGGAGCUCUUUGGGAAAACCACUGGCUGCUGUCGUGGCCAGGGAGGCUCAAUGCAUAUGUUCUCCCGCGAGCACAACCUCAUUGGCGGCUUCGCUUUUAUUGGCGAGGGCAUCCCAGUAGCCACCGGUGCGGCGUUUUCCUCCAAGUACCGCCGUGAGGUUCUCAAGGAGAGUUGCGAUGACGUAACCGUGGCGUUCUUUGGCGAUGGUACCUGUAAUAAUGGUCAAUUCUUCGAGUGCCUCAACAUGGCAGCGUUGUGGAAGCUGCCCAUCGUGUUCGUGGUGGAGAACAACUUGUGGGCGAUCGGGAUGUCACAUUUCAGGGCCACGUCCGACCCGGAGAUCUGGAAGAAAGGUCCGCCCUUUGGUAUACCUGGAGUACAUGUCGAUGGGAUGGAUGUGCUCAAGGUCCGGGAGGUCGCCAAGGAGGCCAUUGCUAGGGCAAGGAGGGGAGAUGGACCGACACUAGUGGAAUGCGAUACGUAUAGGUUCAGGGGACACUCGCUUGCUGAUCCUGACGAGCUCCGGAAUCCCGAUGAGAAGGCUCAUUAUUCUUCUAGAGAUCCCAUCGCUGCCCUGAAGAAUUACAUUCUUGAACAUAGUCUUGUUCCCGAAUCCAAACUGAAGGCCAUUGAGAAGAACAUUGAAGAGUUGGUCGAAGAAGCCGUGGAGUUUGCCGAUUCUAGCCCAGCACCUCCUCGAAGCCAGCUGCUCGAGAAUGUCUUCGCAGAUCCGAAAGGAUUUGGAAUCGGCUCUGAUGGCAAAUACAGGUGCGAAGAUCCAGGAUUCACGCAGGGCACCGCGCAAGUGUAGUUUGUUUUUAACUCCAUUUCUUGUUCUUGUUUAGAAAGGUACUUUCAGCAAUCUGAUGUUGUUUGUUCAGCAGCAAAUAAUCCUCAUUUUACCAUCCUAUUCAAUUCUCUCAGCUACGGACGUGUGUGUUGUUUUCUUUUUUGGCGAGUAUAUUGAUUACACUUACACUAUGCCAAGAGUUCUUUGACUCUCUUAUAAUUGAUAUUGUUGGAUUUAA